AGCGUACAUAAACACGGAAGCGGGCGUAUCGGUUGUCUUCACUCGUCUUCGCACUGUCAGUUGUAUCAAUCAAUUCUUUAGCAUUGAAAUCACUUUAGUUCGCCAAAAUGCCGAUGAUGUGCGGAGGAACCAGCGAGCAGAAACCUGCCACUCCUGAGAUCCAGGCAAUCUGUGACGAGAUGAAGCCUCAUGUUGAAGAGAAAGCUGAACAGAAGUAUGACGUCUUCACAGCCACACACUACACAUCCCAAGUGGUGGCUGGAACCAACUACUUCAUCAAGGUGCAUGUGGGUGGAGAUGACCACAUCCACAUCCGUGUGUUCCAGAGCCUUCCCCACGCUGGCCUUAAGAAGGAGCUCCACAGCCUGCAGAAAGACAAGACCCAGCAGGACAAAAUCACUUACUUCUAAACACACACACACGCACACGUGCGCCUGUGCAUGUUUGGUGUGUUUUUUUUAUUUUUAUUUGACCAAAUAAAGUCACGGUUUCUCGUAUAUCAUAUUGUGUGUUCCAUCAUUAGCCUGUAGCCUUGGGGUCAUGUGACUCAUGGGUGGGUUGAGGGGGUGGAGGAGUGUAUGGUUCUCCAACAGCUGGCUGGGAUUGUCCAUCCUGUGUGUGUAUGUGUGACCAUGUCAUCAAAGUAGGUUAUAAAUUCAUCAUAAAAUAGGUUAGUUCUAAGCUUCUAUUAAUCAACUGAUUAUAAUACCAUUAAGUAGUAUACUGUUGUCCUGAGUGGCGCAAGAAGAGAGAGUGUAGCUAUUAGACCAGCCUGCUGUGCUAUUAUAAUGUGUGAUAUUAUAAUAUCAUGAUGAUAUGCUGUUCUGCCUUUCCUCUUUGAACUGUGUAAUAAAAGGAUUUUAUACUCCAUACAUUGUUGUACCAAUACAUGCAGUGCCUAUGAAAAGUAUCCUCUCCCCCCUUGAAUAUUUCCCCUUUUACUGCUUUCAUAAAUGGAAUCUUGAUCAAUUUAUUUUGGCCCUUUUCUUUUACAAUAAUUUACAUAAAAAAAACCUGUUUAAUGUCAAAGUGAAAGCAGAUUUCUACAAAGCAAUGCAUAUGUGUAAAUGUAAUGCAAACUAACUUGAGCCCUAAAACUGUAACCAACUUUAGGCUUGAGUUCAUAAUGUAUCCUGUGUACACUGAAUUCAAGAUGCAUGCCAUUUGAUCUGUUCUUUUUUUUAUAUUAGAUUAAUUUAGAGUGCCUCUCCUUUAUAUGAGGUAUGCUAUAUUUAUCCCAAGUAAACAUUUGACUAUUUUUCAACCUUA